CUAGUGAACUAGCUCGCGGGGAGGCGAUGAGUGCACGGAGCAGUCGAAUGUCCGCCAUCAUCGGCUCAAGACUCCCGAGACAAACGUGCCUCGCGGAUACACACUCAGGAGCCAGUUUACAUCGCCCUGAUGCAGCACAGUCCAUCAGAAAUCAGGGAUAGAUUGCUAAACGCUCUGGACGCGGAUUAUAAUGUUACCGAUAUGCGUGCUCUUUUGGAGGUGAUCACAACUUUAGAGAACACUCCAAUAACUAAGGAGUUAUUAGAGGUAACUCGUAUUGGCAAGUACAUAAAUGACUUCCGACGUAAGACUCAGAACGAGGCCUUGGCCAAGCGGGCCAAGGACCUGCUUCGAAGGUGGCGGAAGAUGCUCAUGCCAGCCGGUGGCCACGCGGCUUCCGCCGCACCGGUCGAGCCGCUCUCCACCCAAAAUGGCACAAAUAGCACCAAUAUGACGGGACCAGGAGGGCCGAACAGGUCAUGCCGGUCGACCCUGACCUCGCCGGCCGUGUCGAAUAGCAGUUCGAGUCCAGGGCUGCGGCGAGUGUCGUCGUUGCCGAGCAGUCCGCAGCUUUCGGCUAGAGUGGCGUCGCCACGGCUGGAGCCGGUGAACCGCACGCAUGCCAGCAACAAGCGGCUGCGGAAAGAGAACAUGGACACGGACCCUGCGUCAGGCCCGACUCCUGGCAAGCAGCAGCGCGUCAACGGCUGCUGCACGAAAGAAAGUGCCUCAAUCAGCCCCCUAGUGCCUACCUUAGAUUUAGUGAAGAAGAGCAAAAACAGCUCGAGCAGCGCGUCCAGCUCUGCGUCGACUAACCAAGUUCCGCCGCCAUCCGCUUCUACGUCAUCACUAGUCGCAGACACUGAUAUUGUCAAAGCCAACAUGUCGCAGCUCGGUCGGGGCGUGAAAACGACGCGGGAGCUGUUGCACGACCUGAAGCACCGCGACGCCGGCGGCAGCGCGGCACCGAGCACGGACGCGGACGACUACCGACGCAGCAAGACAGAGCACCUAGCCAAAUUCCUGAACUCGCAGGCCGAGGGGGAGCUGCCGGUUGCGCCGGUGAAGCUGAAAUUCCAGCCCGCUCCCGUCGUCUCUGCUGCUCCGUCGAAAUUGGACAAGCCUCCGAAAUCGCCGACGUCCCGUAUGAUUGCCGAAAUCAUGUCGCGGCUUCCGCCGAUCGACCCGUCGUGUCUGCUCAAAGAUGACGAGGAGGACGAGCCGCCGGACACGCCGAUUCCGCCCGAGCAGCUGGUGGAGAAGGUGCUGGCCAGCGAACCCCUCCCGGGCGUCACGGGCAACGUGGAGGAAGCAGGAGACGACAAGACUGCCUUCAAGGAGUGGCACCAGCCCGUGUGGCGCCACUCGUACGAGCCGCUGCUCGUCUGGCCAUACGUGAUCACAGACUGACACACUGCUACUGCUGCUGCUGCUGGCUCGCCCCCGCACCAUUCCGACCACCCUUUCUCUUCUAUCCUCCUGAUCGGUUGCCCCCCGGAUGCUCACUCGAUUUUCCGAAUAAUAGAAAUUGAAGUGCCUCAAUUCGGACUGGAUUUCAAAUCGACUCAAAUGUGUAAUUCAGUAGUUUAGUUAAAUAUAAUUUGUUCUUUACUGAUUUCGUCAGCUCAAAAUUUUGCUGAAUUGCAUUCAAUUUCAAAAUUAUUGGAGGGUUGCACUCUCUCUUUUCAUUGAUUUGUAAUUUAAUUUAAUUCCGCGUGAAAUUGGUAAGAAAAUGAAACCCUUAUUGGUAAAUUGGAAUAUCUCUUCGUGGUUGGAGCCGUCAACUGAUAGCGCCACUGUUCAUUACAGUGUUCAACAGUUUAAACCAGUUUUCCCAAAAUUUGGUCAUGGAUUAAAAUUAAAUUAGAUUUAGUCCAAAAUUGGAUUUAGUUGAAGUUGUAUAGACUUUCAAUCGGUCUUUUCCCGAAUAAGCCAGCUCUUUCAAACAUUUAAUUUGAAAUCCUACCAAAACGUUUUGCUUCUGUGAAUUUUGGUGUGUAGGAAAUUAAUUCAACGUUCUGAAAACCACAAUCACGGUUUAAUUUCUAGGCAAUAAAUCAUUUAAUUUGAUUUCACCGCUUCCUACAAAUCUUUUUGCGUGAAAAAUACAGUAAUUUUGCCAUAUAAUAUUCAGUUGACGUCUCCUAACACUAAAGACCAACAUUUCGUGCACAAAAUUGUACAUUAGUGUAUUGCAUUUAUCAUCUCAAAUUACUUCAAACAAUGAACUCGUCCAGAUAAGUUUAUUUUUGUACUUUCAAAAGAAGAAGCGCCAGAUGUUUGUCAAAAUUGCGGCCACCGAGCGGAUUUUCUAAUAAGUGGGCAUCCUCCAUGCCAAAGUUGUGAUUCGUUCUGCCUACAUACAGUCAGACUUGGCUGCCAAAGUACCGUAGCUGCAAAUUUGAUCUUACUCAGUCCCCGUGUAAUAUAUAAUUUGCUAGGUAAACUUCUUGUUGCAUUUGUUCAUUCGGAGAGAGAGGUGCUCCGAGCGAUGAGUGUUUUGUUGCUUUCUUCUCUGUACGUUGUGUUUGAAGUUGAGAUAAUUUUAGUUACUAUUAAUUAAUUAAUCAAACCGGUUUGGACAAUAGCGAAUGAUGUGUAUUCCUAAUUUGAGAAAAGCAGCGAGCUGCCGGCCAUUGAUUGGUCGGAUUGUUAAACAAUGAGAUGCAACCUAUGGACCUGAACCAUCUACCGAGUGGCGAGGCGAACAUUGCAGAGUGAAAAUCAAAUUCAGAAAGUGGAGCUUCGUUGAUUUUGUUAAAUCGUCGCGCCAUGAAUGAAUACUAUAUUAAAUAAAAAUGAACAAACUACGAAAGUACCCAAAAA